GCAGAUUUUGCUCAUUGUCAUUAUCACUCCUCAAUUAAUAUCUUGUCACCCGCAUUAACCCACUCACAAUGUCCCAAAAACCCACCGUUGUCGGCGGAUGCUACUGCGGGAAAAUCCGAUACCAGACUACUGGCCCCAUCUACGGAUUAACAUUCUGCUACUGUCUCAUGUGUCAAAUUGUCCACGGGGGUCCAUUUGCGCCAUUCACAAAUGUCAAGCGAGAGCAUCUCCAAUGGCUCAAAAGCGACGAUUUAGUGGAGCUGAAGUUAUCCGAUUAUGCGACCCGCACCGUGUGUGGUUCGUGCCACGCCCCGAUAUCUAUGGUAUACCAUGGCAAGCCGGACGAGGUUGGCCUUGUUGCUGUUACAAUUAAUGAAGAAGAGUCUACGAUGGCAGUUCCGGAGGUCGACGGGCACAUCUUUGUACGUCGAAAACCGAGGUGGUAUAAGAUUAGUGACGGUGCGCCGCAGGAGAUGGGGCUACCGGAGCGUAUGAAGCACUAUGCCCCAACUGAUCUAUGA